AUGUCUUCAGUUCACGAUGUCACCGCCGCCGGGGCCACGCCGAAGAUUGGUGUGUAUAAGGAGCUGAGACAAAACCCAUACCUCCUUGGACUAUCCGCCUUUGCUUCCCUUGGUGGCUUCCUCUUCGGUUAUGAUCAGGGCGUCGUUUCUGGAGUACUGACUAUGGAGUCUUUCGCCGCAUCUUUUCCGAGAAUUUACACAGACAGUUCUUUCAAGGGCUGGUUCGUCUCAACGUUGCUACUUGCCGCUUGGUUCGGGUCUCUCGUCAAUGGACCAGUAGCCGAUCGCUUCGGUCGCAAAGGAUCUAUCAUCAUUGCUGUUGUCAUUUUCACUAUCGGUUCUGCACUUCAAGCUGGCGCAGUGGACAUUCCAAUGGCUUUUGCGGGUCGCGCAAUCGCGGGUUUCGCUGUUGGCAUGUUGACGAUGAUCGUGCCAAUGUACAUGAGUGAGGUCUCGACUGCAGGCAUCAGAGGUACUCUAGUCGUCCUUCAACAACUUUCCAUUACGCUGGGUAUUCUAGUCUCCUACUGGCUCGAAUUCGGAACUCAAUACAUUGGAGGAGUACGUUGCGCGCCUGACAUUCCCUAUACUGGUGGCACCACGGCCGAGCCUACCUUCGACCCGCGAAACGACGUUGGCCCAAGUGGCUGCACCGGACAAAGCGACGCCGCGUGGCGCAUUCCUUUCGCACUGCAGAUCUUCCCUGGUCUCGUUCUCGGUAUCGGCAUGCUUUUCUUCCCCGAAUCACCUCGAUACUACUGCAUGCGCGAUAAUGAGGAAGCUGGUAUCCGAGCGCUUGCUCGAGUUCGUCGUACUGAUUCCGAUGAUGAGACGUUACAAAAGGAGUAUCUCUCUAUUAAAGCAGAAGUCAUGUUCGAAGAGCAAUACAACCGCGAGAAGUUCCCUGGCAAGUCCGGAGUAUCUCUGUACCUUGCCGGCUACUCAACCCUCUUCUCUACUUGGCCAUCCUUUAAGCGUACAGCUAUUGGUUGCUGUGUCAUGUUCUUCCAACAGUUCAUCGGGUGUAAUGCGAUCAUCUAUUACGCACCAACAAUCUUCUCGCAGUUGGGUCUUUCUGGAAAGACGACUGGAUUGCUCGCAACAGGUGUUUACGGGAUAGUCAACACACUGUCCACGUUACCCGCGCUAUUCCUCAUUGACAAGAUCGGUCGCCGUCCUCUCCUCCUCUGCGGUGCCGCAGGUACAUGCAUAUCCCUCUUGAUCGUCGGCGGUGUCAUUGGUGGUUACGGCUCCACGCUGAAAGACCAUCCCGCAGCUGGCUGGACCGGUAUCGCAUUUAUCUACAUCUACGACGUCAACUUCUCAUACUCAUGGGCGCCAAUCGGUUGGGUCUUACCUUCGGAGAUCUAUAAUAUUGGUAACCGCUCAAAGGCCAUGUCUCUUACCACAUCGUCGACCUGGAUGUGCAACUUCAUCAUUGGUCUUGUCACACCAGACAUGCUCGAAACCAUCGGAUUCGGCACAUACAUCUUCUUCGCUGCUUUCGCCCUGAUUGCGUUCGUGUUCACGUGGUUCUUAAUUCCGGAGACGAGGGGCAAGAGUUUGGAAGAGAUGGACGGUGUGUUUGGUGAUAGCACUGCGCAUGAAGAGAAGACGAGAUUGUACAACAUCGCGCAAAGCUUAGGACUUGAGGAGGCUGAGGCUGCAGCGUUUGACGAGAAGCCUAUGAAGGCAUUGCAGACUGAGGUAAGUAAAGUAUAA